CAGCUGGAGGAAUCAUGGCGAUCUUCGAAGGAACGGUCAGCGGUUGAGGGGCCGUCGCUGGCCAGUAUGUACUCGGCUUCCUUACCGCCGCCGCCCCGGCGGGACUUCAUCUCGGUAACCCUCAGCCCCUCCGCGGGAGGGAUUGAGGCUGCGGCGGGAGGAGGAGGCUACAACAACAGCAAGGCCUGGCGGAGACGAUCUUGUUUACGGAAAUGGAAGCAGCUGUCCCGUCUGCAGCGGAGCGUGAUCCUCUUUGUGUUUGCCUUCUUGGCUGUCUGUGGAGUCAUCACUUAUGCAAACAUGACUGAGCCUUGGAAAAGCCUGACCAGCAGAUCCCCAGAGGAGCAGAAGACCGAUUUGGAGAUCCCGGGUUUGAACCCAGCAAAUCAGGCUGUUCUGCCAAUACCCAAAAAAGCUGAUCCUAAUCUUGGGGAUUACCCAGAUUUUUCACUUCAAAAACCCCCAAAGGAGUUUCCAGUCCGACGAGGCCCUCCUAAUCUGCCACUCAGACCGCCUCGAAGAAAUUCAAAGGUGAAGUCAACCAAGGCAGAGGAACAGCCUGGCCAGGCUGUCCAAGAACACAAAACAGACAAGUCUGUUAUUAGCUGGCGAGGAGUAGUGAUUGAACCCGACCAGAUAACAGAAUCUCCUUCCAACAAAAUAAAGGAAUUGGACAAACCCUCACCUGUGGAAUCUGAAGACCAAAAAGAACCAGUGCCUCUUAACGAGCGCCAGAUGGCUGUGAUAGAGGCUUUCCGCCACGCAUGGAAAGGUUACAAGGAAUUUGCCUGGGGACAUGAUGAACUGAAGCCCAUCUCCAAGUCAUUCAGUGAGUGGUUUGGCCUAGGUCUGACGCUCAUCGAUGCGCUGGACACCAUGUGGAUUUUGGGCUUAAAAGAAGAGUUUGCAGAAGCAAGGAAGUGGGUUGCAACCGACUUAAACUUUGACAAGAAUGUGGAUGUCAACCUUUUUGAGAGUGCCAUUCGGAUCCUUGGAGGUCUGCUGAGCACCUAUCACUUGUCGGGGGACACUCUCUUCCUAGAAAAAGCCAAAGAUAUUGGCAGCAGACUCAUGCCAGCCUUCAGCACCCCUUCCAAGAUUCCAUUCUCGGAUGUAAACAUCGGCCGGGGCACAGCCCACCCACCACGCUGGACGUCAGACAGCACAGUGGCUGAAGUGACGAGCAUCCAGCUGGAGUUCAGGGAGCUCUCGCGCCUCACUGGAGAAGAGAAGUUUCAGAAUGCUGUUAAUGGGGUGAUGCAACAUGUUCACACCCUCCCUGGAAAGAAUGAUGGUCUGGUGCCCAUGUUCAUCAACACAAACAGUGGGCAGUUUACCCACCUGGGGGUCUACACUCUCGGAGCCCGAGCAGACAGCUAUUAUGAGUACCUGCUGAAGCAGUGGAUCCAGGGUGGGAAGAAGGAAAAUGAGCUUUUGGAAGAUUACGUGAAGGGCAUUGAAGGGGUGAAGAUGCAUCUUCUUCGCAAGUCGCAGCCCAAAAGGUUGUCUUUCAUAGGUGAACUUGCUCAUGGCCGUUUCAGUGCUAAAAUGGACCAUCUGGUUUGCUUCUUGCCUGGAGCCCUUGCUCUUGGAGCUCACAAUGGGCUCCCUUCUGAUCAUCUUGACCUGGCCAUAGAGCUUGCAGAGACCUGCCAUCAAAUGUAUGCCCAAGUGGAGACCGGCCUGAGCCCAGAGAUAGUCCACUUCAAUAUGCAUGCCCAGAAGGACCGGAAAGAUGUAGAGAUCAAGGCUGCAGACAGACAUAACCUCCUGCGCCCUGAGGCCGUGGAGAGCUUUUUCUACCUGUAUAGAUUCACAGGAGACAAGAAGUAUCAGGAUUGGGGCUGGGAGAUCCUCCAGAACUUCAAUAAAUAUACGCGGGUUUCUACAGGUGGCUACACUUCCAUAAACAAUGUCCAGAACCCUAGCAAUCCCGAGCCGAGAGACAAGAUGGAGAGUUUUUUCCUUGGCGAAACACUCAAGUACCUUUUCUUGCUCUUCUCAGAUGAUGUUGACUUGAUAAACCUCGACAAAUACGUCUUCAAUACGGAGGCUCACCCCCUUCCUAUCUGGCAUCAACGUAAAUGAAAUCUGGGCUAUCUGCAAUUGCCGCUUAUGAUCGUCUCCCCACUUAAUGGGGUCUGAAGGGAGGUGUGUGGAAUAUUGUGGGUUCAUAUAUAUUUGUUGGAUGGAAAGCAAGCUGAGAUUGUGGAAGGGAAAUUUUUGACCUGGGAUCCACACCCUCUCGUGUCGUCUCCCUUUUGUCACCCAGCUCUUGGACACACAAGCUGGAGGGGGCCAAGCAAUUUAUUGCAAUGUAGAGUUCUGUUUGGUACACAAGACACUUUGGGAAUGGUAGGACUCAUUUUGCCCCAUCAAGAUCCAAGCUGUAUAGAAUGUCUUGAUGUCAGAAUGAUCAAAAGGAGGCUCUUUGAGGUACACCACAAAGUCCUGGCUUACAGCAUCAUUCCACUGUAUUGGCCUGUUACCAUGUCUGCAGGGUAGAGGCAAUAAACGAGAAAAAUGGGUACCUUCAUCCCAGAUUUAAAAUGCAGAUUGUCAAUGCAAUUGCUGAUUCUUCAGUCUCAUUCCAAGCUGAAGGGUUAUGCCAUGGUAACACGGGCAGAACAAAAAGCUUCUCUUUCAGCUCUGCUGCCAGUGGCAGCAUCCUUAAAUUUUUAUGGAGCACUUUGAAUAAUCAUGCGGCACUUGUACCUGUUGUGAAUCGUGGAGAACUUUCAAUACAGCAGUUGCUGUUUUGGGUGGAAACUUGUGUAUAGAUUUGUAGGUAUGUUGUGACAGGAUUUUUUUUAACUUAAUCUGCAGAAAUGCAGGAGACAAUGUGAAAACAAAUUUUAUGUUCUUAAAAGGUUAUCUAAGCUGGAAUUACAUAUAAAAUGUUUUUGGCUCAGGUAUUUGGACUGAAAGCUGCUGCUGGAGGCUGAGCUACUAGAAACUAAUUAUUUUCUUUCCCCCCACCUCAACCCAGUGGGACUGCUGGACUUUCCUUUGCAUUGUGUGGGCUCAGCUGGGCCUUUGCUGUAAAGGAGAAUUCUUGUUUUCCCAAGGGAGCUAGAAAGAAGAGAUGGUUGGUCAUCUUAUUCCCUUGGUGGGCAACCAAAGCGAUGUUUCCACCAGAUAGAACUGGAUGGCAAUUAUCCUAUCUAUUAGGAAGAUAGUGGGUUGUGUCUUCUAUGCAUAUUUGCAAACUUUGAAGGUAGUAUGACCCUGGAACACCAGAUUGGAAACAGAUUGCCUUUUUAGUGAAGAUCAAGAAAGGAAUAAGCCCACUUAAACUGCAAACAUUUUUCUUAGUAACGUGGUUUUUGCACUCUUGGAAGUUAAGGAGAAAACUUAGUACAAAUAUGCUUUAUAUUUAUCAUUAUGUAGCUCCCAUCUAAAGUUCUUAGUGUACUCUUGCUGCCUACCUCAAGGGGUAGUUCAGAAAGGGAAGGAAUUCCAUGCAAGACUGUGAUUGUGCAGAACUAAAUAUUUUUCCUGAAGAUGCUUCUUGGCUUAGGUGCAUUUGGCAUGAUUAACUUUUUAACAUCAUGAGGAUCUCAGAAUUUGGAUUCUCUUUUUGCUAAUGCCCACCCACCUAUCUUUUUAGGUGUGUUUAUAUUUUGGUCACUGCUUCCAGUCGCCCAUUUCUGCGGCUCCAAAGGAAGAGUCAUAUUUUUGGAUAAGGAUAGCAUCUUAAGACAAUCCUUUCUAAUUUAGGGGCUGACUAGUCAUGCCUCAGUAGAAUCGUCAGUCUUUGUACAUUUUGCAAAGCUGUGCUGCCAGUAGAGAUUCGUUGUGCCCUUUUUCAUUUCUCUGGUGUUGAACUGGCACAUCUUAUUGAAAUACCAGAGAGAAGUUGGUCCUGCAAAAGAAUGAGGACUAUACAAGAGUAUGGCUGUGGCUAGUGUAAAAAAACCCCAUCCCACUGGUGUCCCUGGUGCAUCCUUGUUUCUUGAACUGUGACGACAGCUUACAGCAGUUGUGCUGCAAGUCACAUUGAAUAUGAUGCACAUACUGGCAAAGACUUGUUUUUGUCCACAUAAGGUGUGCAUGAUAAAAACGUUAGCCUUAAGACUUUGUAAUCCAAAAAUUAAGAGGACUUUGAGGUUCAGUUUAUGCAUAAUUCAAGAGCAGAUACAGGGGAGUGGCUCAGAUCUCCCCUUUGGCAUGAAAUUAUUUCUUUCAGCUUCAAUCCUCCUCAUCCCACAGUAUUGUCAUAAUAAUACUGACCUACCUUGUAGGUCUGUUCAAAGGAUUACUGAAAUGCUGUAUUUCAAGGUCUUUGAGCAUUCAAAAUGCAACGUAAAUGUAAAACAUUAUGAUUUCCAGUUUGCCCAUAGCUCAGUGGUAGAGUAUGUGCAUUGUAUGCAGAAGUUUCCAAGUCCACUUCCUGGCCUCUCUGGUUUCUCAGAUGUCGGGAAAAACUAUUCUCUAUAAUACUAAUAACUCAGGAGAGACAAUCUGAGCUAGACUCAUGUUAGCUUAAAAUGGGGCAGGGGCUGGGGCUCAGUUGUAGAAUUCCUGCUUUACAUUCAGGUCUGAGUUUCAAGCUCCAGAGAGUUUCUCAGGUAACAGGUUUGGGAAAGACCUUUCUCUGGCCGAGGCUUUGGAGAGCCAUUGCCUGUCAGACAAGAAAGUACUGGGCUAGAUUGACCAAUGGACUGACUCAGUGUAAGGCAGCUUUGUAUGUUUAGUGGAAGACAUUCUAUAUACUUAAUCUAAUUGGACCAUGAAGUACCAACAAAAUAGUUUCUAGUUUAGUGUGUUAAUGUGUACCCAUUCACUACCCCAUCACAUAAAGUGCACCCUGGAAUUUAAAAGCCAUAUUCUAAAGCUGAGCAAUUGCUGUGUUGUUUGGAGGCAGAUACUUAACUUUGCACCAGUGCCUUCAGUAUGCAAAGAGAAUGAAGGAUGGGUAGGUAAUAGAGCUAGAAGAGGGCUCAUCCUACAUUCAGGUAGGCAAAACUAGAAAAAAUUACUGCUGACAAGAACCUCAGUAAUGUGAAAAUAGCAUGUUUGAGUCUUUGAGGCAGGGUACCUUCCACCUUUUUCCUGAGCUGUUCUAGUGGCUAAAGGCAGAAAGGAUGACCCAAGCUUGCACAACUUGUGCAGACUGUGGAAUGUGGCGCUUGGUGCAGAAUUCAGAUUCUUCUACCCGCUCAAAAUGCAUCUUUAAUGUGCUGUCCCAUUGUCAUUUGGCUCACCCGCAAGCCCCCCUUUCAGGAAAACCACAUAUCUUUUUUUUUUUUAAUUACCACUUUCUCACUUUGCAAUGCCAAAUCUACAACCAUUCUUUAGUGAGUUCUCGGGUCUUCUGUUGCUAUAAAAUUGUCUGCUCUGGGGUAUAUGUGUGUGAGUGUAAGUAGAUAAAAACAGAAAAUUUAUUAUUUUAACACUGUUCAUGAACAUUGCAGAUUCUUCCUCCUGUGUCUUAACAGGGGGAAACAAGGACCUUCCCCAGGCUUCUCCUCUGCUUAGAGAAUUAUGUGAAAUAGCAUCCAGGAAUGGUUUGACAACCUGAUGCAGAUGUUAGGAAAUGAAGGCCAGAACUUACAACCACCCAACCUCACGUGUAGAUGCUACACGCUGCCGUACUUGCCCCUGUGCAGUGACAGGAGCCCGACACCUGCUCUGAGACCAUCCGUCCCGUUCCUUACACAAAAAGGUAUAUUACUGAAGCCUUUGUGGUGUGUGACCUGGUGCACCGUAUUUAAGUAGAAAAGUCAACCCCUUUGUAAAUGUGCAAAAGAUUUAAGUGUACUUCACCUUUUAAAGAGGAAGGAAAAAUCUUUUAAAAUAAAAUCCCCACUUGUGUUAGUCAAAGGUGAAUCACAGAAUUCUAUUCCACUUUAAUAAACUUGUAAUUUAUUUUGAGAA